CGUCUCCUCCUCUCCUCCGCGCCGACAGUCGUCAGUGUCGCAACGCAUCACAACGCAGCGCCUCUUGGAGCGAAACCUCCCCUCCCUUCGGUCUCCGCUAGAGAGUAGCCGGCGCGAGAGGGGUUCACGACGCAGACGAGGAUGUCCAAUGCACAGACUGACAGUCUCUGCCGACAUGUAAUGAGGGGUGUAGUAGGCUCACAAGCAGCAUGACGGAAGAGAAAUGCCCUCAGCUGGUUGACUACUUUGUGGUGGCAGGCUUAACAACAGGUUCCAAGCCACUAGAUGAAGAUGGCCAGCAGAGAGGUGCCCGUCCUGUGGAGCCUAUCACAGAAGUGGUGGUCAUCAUCCGGUCACUUGGAGAAGAUGUGCCUGAGGGCUUUACGUGCAUUGAAAAAUCUCAGUCUGGGUACUCUGCAGACCUCAGUGCUGGCUUGCUCAACAAUCCCCAUAUGUUUCUAUGCUACAAACGAGGACGGGAGAAGCCUCCCAUCCUUGACCUUGGGGUUCUGUAUGAAGGAAAGGAACAAGUAAAAGCUGGAUGGAAUGUUAUUGAGACCACUCCUUAUAGCCAUUCAGCCAACCUGGGCUCCGGAGGACCAGGAAUCCACCGCACAUUCAUCAUGUACCGUAGAGCACCUGACUCUCAGGCGCUUAACACAUUAGGGGUCACUGAUAUCUCAGUAAUCUUACCAAGUAAAGGAGAGAGUGUUCCACACACCUUCUGCAAAGUGGACAAGAAUCUCAACAAUGGAAUGUGGGGACCUGACCUUUAUCUUUGUUAUAAGAGAGCAGUUGCCAAGGCCAAUGCAGUUGUCUAUGAAGCUGGAUUAAUCAGCCGCUACCCAGAAACAGACAUAGAAUUAUUCCAGCUGCCGAAAUCUGUGCCAGUGUUUUGUUUACCAAUGGGGGUCACAAUUGAAAGCUGGCCUUUAAACACCAAAUACCAGCUUCCUGUUUUCUCAACAUUUGUCUUGACUAGUGGUUCUGGGGACAAGGUUUAUGGUGCUGCUAUUCAGUUCUAUGAACCAUACCCUCGAGAGAGGCUUAAGGACAAACAAAAGCAGCGUCUUGGCCUAGUUAGCAUUGUGGACCGGCGGCCAAUCACUAAUCGGAUGGUACAGGUGAAAAAGAGCAUCUGUGUACUGUCUCACUGGCCUUUUUUUGACGUCUUCCAGAAGUUUCUGACUUUCAUCUAUCGUUACUCCAUUUCAGGGCCACACGUCCUUCCCAUUGAGAAGCACAUCUCUAGCUUUAUGCACAAUGUCCCUUUUCCCUCACCACAAAGACCUCGAAUCCUAGUACAGCUGUCUCCAUAUGAUAACCUAUUGCUGUGCCAACCAGUGUCGUCACCUUUGCCUCUCAGUGGAGCAAGUUUUUUGAAACUCAUACAGAACCUGGGCUCAGAGAAUGCUGCUACCCUCCUUAUGGCAGUUCUAAUUGAGCAUAAGCUGUUGCUCCAUUCACUGCGUCCAGAUGUCUUAACCAGUGUGAGCGAAGCCCUUGUAUCUAUGACGUUCCCACUCCGCUGGCAAUGCCCCUAUAUCCCCCUUUGUCCACUGAAUUUGGUUGAUGUACUGUGUGCACCAAUGCCUUUCAUUGUUGGUGUCCACUCUAGCUAUUUUGAUCUCUAUGACCCUCCUCACGAUGUCAUCUGCAUUGAUCUGGACACCAAUACUAUCUUCUAUGAAGAAAAGAAGAUGUUAUCUUGGCGACUGUUGCCACGCAAACCUUGCAAAGCUCUCAUCCAGACACUAAGUAAUCUCCAUCAACAGCUGGAGAAAAUGCUAGCCCCUGCUUUGGAAGAGGCAACAUUGGAGUUUCUUCUUACUGAUUAUGACCUCAUCUAUGGUCGACGUAAGCAAUUAGAACUUGAGAUCCAAGAGGCAUUUUUGCGGUUCAUGAGCAGCCUUCUCAAGGGAUAUCGGUCGUAUUUGCUGCCAAUCACACAGGCCCCUUCUGAAAAGACAACAGACUCCAGUUCACUCUUCAACUUGCAGGGCUUUUUGAAAUCCAGAGAGAGAACAUACCAGAAGUUUUAUUCUCAACUGACCCGCACACAAAUGUUUACUCAGUUCAUUGAAGAGUGCUCUUUUGUCAGUGACCGGCAUGCCUCUUUAGAGUUCUUUGAUGAAUGUGUUGAAAAGGUAGAUGUGGAAAAGCCUGAUGAAGUACGUCUCAUUGAUUUGGAUGAAACUCACAGUGGAGAGCACACUGUGUUCAUAAUGCCACCAGAAGUGCCACAAGGACCUGAUGGCAAUGAGUGUCCUGCAUUGUACAGAUAUGAUGUGUUUCCACUCUUAAAGUCAGAGCUCUUUGAUAGACCACAAGAUUUGCUGAAACUGCAAACUAAAGGGAGUGCACCCAGCAGUCCAGCCCCUCGCAGGACAAAACAGGAAAUCAAGCUAGCCCAGAAACGUGCCCAAAAAUAUUCUUCAGUGCCAGAAAUGUGGUCAAAAUGUUUGCUUGGUCAUUGCUAUGGUCUAUGGUUCAUCUACCUUCCUACAUAUGUGCGAGCUGAGAGUUCCAAGGUGCGAGCCUUACACACUGCUUAUGAAGUGCUAAAGCAUAUGGAGACUAGGAAGGUUGUACUACCUGAUGAGGUAUGCUACCGUAUACUGAUGCAACUCUGUGGUCAGUAUGGACAGCCUGUGUUAGCUGUCAGAGUGCUUCUAGAGAUGAAGAAGGCAGGCAUUACACCUAACACCAUCACUUAUGGCUACUACAAUAAGGCGGUGUUAGAGUGCAAGUGGCCAUCUACCAAUCAAGGUGGGAGGCUGCGAUGGACUAAGCUGCGCAAUGUUAUCCUUGGUGUGGCCCAGUUCAGGCAGCCAAUCAAGCGACGGCAGCUUGAGCAGGGAUCUGUCACUAACAUGUCAGGUAAGUCUAAGAAGUAG